AUGUCUGUGCGGCACAUCCUGCGCGCAGGUGUCCUGCCCAGAGCACGAGGCGUGCGCAUGUACCACCCAAUUUCGACGGAGGAGGUGCUUCGUGAGAAUGCAGCCUAUGAAGCGCGGAUCAACGAGGCUGAGGACGCGUUAUCACGACGCGGCUUUCCGCGCACGGCCAUCUUUCGGCAGCCCGUGGUAUGGGGCGAGCAUGACCAGUACCAGCACGUCAACAAUGCCCACUAUAUCCGGUGGUUUGAGUCGGCGCGCAUGCGAUGGAUGGAGCGCAUGUCCCGCACCCUGAGCCCCGAGAUCGCUAGCAACUUGGUACGGGGCCGGGGCGUGGGCAUCAUUCUGGCCUCGACGUACUGCCGCUACCGCCGACCGGUUACGUACCCUGACACGGUGGUGAUCGGUCAGGCUGCGCUGCCGAUGAAAUUCGCCGAUCGCGUCACGGUGCGCUCGCAGGCGUACUCUGUGGCGCAGAGCGCCAUUGUCGCCGAGGCCGACUUUGAGUGUGUGGCGUACGACUAUGACAGACUGUGCAAGGCUUCGCUGCCGCCCGAAGUGGCCGACGCACUGCGCGCGUGGACGUACACGGGCGAGGACAAGGAGCCCUACUGCCAGAAAACGAGCCGCCGAAGAACAGUUUCAUAG